AUGGUUUGGUCGGUCUCAUUCUCACCAGAUGGGAGUCGCAUUGUAACUGGUUCAGAAGAUAAGACUAUCCGGCUGUGGGAUGUAGCAACAGGGCAGCCAGUCGGUGAACCAUUGCGGGGGCACACUGCGGGGGUCAACUCAGUCUUUGUCUCGCGGGAUGAGACUCGCAUCAUUUCUUCUUCAUGGGAUGGAAGUGUCCGAGUGUGGUAUGUUGUGAUCGGAAAGUCACUGCACAACCAUGCCGAAGAAGACCGUUCAGCAUUUCCCCCGCACGGCAGUUGCAUCCCAGAUCCAACAGCGGCCAUCCCCACACCCAACACUGCAAGCGAUGCCUUCAUUUCCUACUCAUCAAAUCCUACUCAUGCACUGCGCAACACUGCUGAGCUACUCACGGGCACCUCCUACGACGACCACACAUUUGUGCUCCGAGAAGAUGGAUGGAUAAUGGGACCCAAUCGUCAGCUCUUAUUCUGGGUACCACCCGCUUCUCAAAAGGCACUCAGAUAUAAUCCUCGGACUACAUUUGCGAUACCCAGAGGUGUUGAGCUUGAUUUAAGUCGCAUGGCACAUGGGACACACUGGCAGGACUGCUACAAGGACUUCUCACCACGAUAGCCUCGUUCCGGUAAACUAAUUGGCGGAGAUGCCAGAGACACUUUGUAGAGUACGAUAUGGAGUGUACAGUUAAUCUACCAUCUGUUAUGUAUGUACGAGGUGGUUUGAGCGAACAAUAUGUUAGAAAGAUGAUUGUGUGUCAGAUUUUCGAGAGCAUGGAAGAUUAUAGGACAACGGAAGGAAGUCAUCUGGCGCCAUGAGAGGCCAAGGCCCGAGAUUACUACAUUGAUUCAAGUUAUACAGGCUCCAGAGAUUUACUUGCAACGAGACGACGAUAGUGCGUGAUGUCAUAAGUACUUCUGAUCAGUCACAGUCAAGUGUUCGAGAUGUUCCUCUAAUUUGUUGCCUUCAGCUCAAUGCUCGAACAGGGCGAAAUUUGUUCACGGUGACAGCCGAG